CAUAGCCGCCAUAUUUCGGAGGCAAGACCUCAAUACUUUCUGUCGAAGUAGAACUCCGACUUGGACCUUUCGAACAAACAAUUUGUCCCAACAUGAACUUAAUUACAGGUUGCCAUUUCAAGGUGAGGUACGUCAGCCCGGACAUCUCCGUUUCAAAGCAAAUCAGUACAAGGAGUGGUGAUAGGUUUAGCAGGGUCAUUUGCCGCCAUAGCCAUCGCCUUUCAUUCCUCCGCCGCCGUACACAUCACCUUUCAUCCUUGUUUCGCCCCUACCAAUGUAUCUAUAAUCCCUGCCGACCCCUUAUAGCUAGUGCGAGGAAGAGAAACUCGAAGUCGGAGCCAAUUCUCUCGCCUUCCAUCGUUGAACAAGUGUUGAAGAAUGACGACGAAGACGAAGACAAAUUUCUUGCUGAGGACUUUGAAGACGAGGAGCUGCUGGAGGAUGAUAAUGAUGAUGAUUUCUUUUAUGAUGAGAGUUUUGAGGAAGAUGCUAAACUCUUUUUUGGCGAUGGAUCUGGAGGAGGUGGAAUUGCUCUUGCUGGGACACCAUGGGACAAAAAAGCAUUAGAAAUUGCUGAAGAAGUUGCUCUAUCAUUUGAUGGAGAAUUGGGAAUAUAUGCCUUUAAGACGCAAAAAAAUGCCCACAUUGAAGUGCGAGUGGAGAGACUCACGAACAAAUCAGGUUCUCCUAGUAUGGCAGACAUUGAAGCUUUCUCAUCAGCUUACAGAGCACGGCUUGAUGAAGCUGAGUCCUUAGGAUCUAUUCCAAAUAACUUAUCCCUGGAGGUAUCUUCACCUGGUGUGGAGAGGGUUGUUAGGGUCCCAGAAGAUCUUGAUCGGUUCAAGGAACGUCCCAUGUAUGUAAAGUAUGUGAGUGAAGGAAUCAAGAGUGGCAUGCCUACUGAACACGAUGGUGUAUUCAGGCUCGAGUCCUUCGAUUUGGAAACAAGUGUAUGCACAUGGGGAUUAGCCGACGUAAGGGUUAACCGAGAAAAAGCAGGGAAAGGAAGGCCCCUUAGCAAGAAGCAAAGGGAGUGGCGGUUAGACACGCCAUUCGAUUCUCUCCUUAUGGUCCGGUUGCAUUCAGAAAUGUAACCAUUGGGGUUAAAUUUUGUAUUCUUUAAUGUGAUUGCAGAAUAUUAGGAACUAACUCAAGUUUGAAGAAGACACGCCAGAAUGAAGUUAUAUAACCACCUUAGUAUUAUAUUAAAUGAAAAAUGAGUGCAGUUUAUACAUUGAUUGUUAACGUGGUGCUGUGCUCCAAGUUAAAGCGUAUUAUUAGCUCUUACACAAGUGUAGUCAUUUGGCGUUGUAGCUAAUCGAGACUAGGAGGUUCACGAAGAUAUAGGUUAUCAAA